CGGCAACAGGCCUUCCCCUUCUCAACCAUGCAUGCCGGCAUGUCAUAACUGACAACCACAGAGUCCGUCCCAUGACAGUCGGGGCGGGCCGCCCGCAUUGUUGUUCCCUCUCAUCUCUCCCGUGCUUGUGAUCCCCUCUUCAAUGUUUGUGUCUCACAUUCCUUCCAUGCUGCUGUGCUCAGAGUUGGUCCAACCUUGGAACUGGAACUUCAUUCGAUAACCAUGGCCGACGCACCAGCAAAAACAAAGUCGCCCUCGCCCAAACGAUCCGCAACCGCGUCUCCCAAGACCCCUCGGUCGCCAUCAGAGCACGAGCCGCAAGGAACAAUCCAGGCGGCCAUCGAUCUUCGCGACGAUGAUGCCGACUCGGCUGUCAGCAGUGGAGGCCAGUCUUCCUCAACCAGCUCGGUCACCGAGAGCAUUUACGCAUUCCGCACACUACACGGGAGGACGUACAAUGCGGCCAAGUCGUCCGAAUACUGGGCCCCCAAUGACGAGCUGCAGAACGAGGGUCUCGAUCUGCUGCACAACUGCCUUCUGAUGACCAUGGACAACAAGCUGUUUCUCGCUCCAAUCGGCGACAACCCGCAACGAGUUCUAGAUGUUGGGACUGGAACCGGAAUAUGGGCCAUCGACUUUGGGGAUAUGUACCCAAGCGCCCAAGUGAUCGGGACAGAUCUGAGCCCCAUACAGCCGGCGUGGGUACCGCCAAACGUUCAUUUCCAGAUCGAUGAUUGCCUCCUCGACUGGACAUGGCCGGAAGACCACUUCGAUUUCGUCCACCUGCGCGCCUUGUACGGCAGCAUCCCCAAUUGGGAACAGCUCUACGGCAAGGCCUUUAAGCAUCUCCAGCCUGGUGGCUGGCUCCAAGACUGCGAGAUGGACGUCAAGGUCGAGUCCGACCACGUCGACUUCCCCGACGACCACAUCUUCAACGAGUGGGGGCGGCUGUACUACGAGGCGGGCGAGCGGUCGGGGCGCACAUUUGCCAUAUCCUGUGGGCACACGAUGAGGGACACGAUGGAGAAGGUCGGCUUCGUCGACGUCCAGGAGGUCAAGCUCAAGGUGCCCUGCCAUGCCUGGCCGCGGGACCGCAAACUGCGCCAGGCUGGGUUGCUCCUGUUUGCGAUGCUGGACCACAGUCUUGAGGGGUUUGGCAUGUUCUUGUUUACGCAGGUGCUCGGGUGGUCGCCGGAGGAGGUGCUGGUGCUUACGGCAAAGAUGAGGGCCGAGGUUAAGAAGAAAAGUAAUUGCGGGUGGAUCGCGACGACCGUUGUAUUUGGCCGGAAACCAGAGACUGGUAAACCAUAAUUGGUAGACAAAGGGAUGGGAGAUAUUUCCAAGUAUACAUGUAUCUAGGUAGACCCCGUUCUCUUAGCCGCGGCGGGCACCCAGAUUCCAAUCCAUCACGCCCCAGUUGAGCUGAGCCACGUCAACGUCUAACGGAG